GCUACUUUUAAAACUAACUGAAAAAGAAGCGACGCUGACGCGCGAAUAACAAAGAAGCAAAGAAAAAAAUACAGUUUUUGGGCAUUUUGGGAGCAUUGGAAAAGACAAAUUAAUAAAAAUAAUAAAUAAAGUAUUAAUAAUAUAUUUAAGAACGAGUGGAAGAUAAUCUGGAAGAAAAAAUAACUAAAUGGACCCCUUUACGCAGCAGAUGUUGGAGAAAGCCGAGCAGCGCAGUCGCGCCCUCGGCAUCAGUAAUACCAGUAAGUUCCCCUUAGCAGAGUGCAGUGUGGACACAGAUGCAUCACCAUCAAAUGUGAAGCCGACGCCUGCCGUCAGAAGCCACUCGCCUGGUGGAGGCAGUUCCUCUGGCAAGGUUGUGGUACUUGAUAAAGCGACGCUGGAGGCGUCACCCUCUAAGCCACUGCGGCACUAUGCCGCUGUUAACAAGGAGAAUAUGGAGAUGGGCAUCGAAAUCAAUAUAACUACGGACAAACCAAUUGGCGUGCAAGUUGAAAUCCAAGAGCAGGAUGUGACCACAGAUGAGGAUGAAGACCCUGCGACGGUAACAGCGCCAGUGCAGUCUUUGCCCGUUAAUCAACCUUUGGCUCGUUUGCGCGACACAUCACGGAAUCGUCUGCAACGCAUGGGAGCUUUGUACUCCAAUACAGAUGAUUUGUCGUCGCCCAUUCAUCGCACUGAGGCACAAUUCCAUGCAGGAGACGAUGACGUUGAUACCGAACAGCCGCCUAGUUCCCGACAAGGUAAACAACGAUUUGGCAAAUUGGCGGCUCUGGCCGAUACCAUCAACCAGUGGGAAGAUGAUCUUAGUCAUCAUGAUAGGCCAAAAUCAGAGCAGGAGCGUCCAGUGACAACGGCGCCGCCAAAGCCAGAUUUGCCGAGUCGACGUCCUGUAGUGCGACCGCCGCAGCCACCAAAACCAGAAGAAGUGGACCAGGGGCUGAAGACAAAACAAUUAAAAUGGGAUCCAAAGGUAUUGAGCUCACUGGAGGCCCAGGGUUUUCAGCGUCGUGAGUCGUCAACAAUUAAACAUACCUAUGAUUAUGCUAAACAGGAAGAAAAGUCAGAGAAGCCCGAAAAGCCGGAGAAGACGACAUCGACGAAGACGGUCAGCCAAGUGGCUAAGACAUUUAAUACGACCCAUUCCAAGCCACCGGCGCCUGCACCACCUACAACUACUGGCGUUAAAACAGGCUUAGUCUCUGGACGGGCGGCCAUUUUUGAGAACAAAGCCUCAUCUGGUGGUCAGUUGACAGGUCGUUCGAAUCAAAAGGAUCCCUGUGAGUUGUCGCUAAAAGAUCGCAUGAAACUCUUUGAAACUGCCAGUGCUGUUGCCAUGCUGCCGAAGGCACCGAUUUCAUCUGCUCCUAGUAUUAGUCAAAUCCGACCAGAAGAGCACAAAGCUGCUGCAGUGCAUCCUGUGACAGCUGCCGCCGCUGUUUCUGUCCCUAAUGGAGGCGGCAACAAGCCGGCUAAGCCAGAGAACAAACUUCGUGACAAAGUGGCUGCAUUAGUGGCCAAUGCACAGUCCACAGCCGAAAGUCGAAUCAAAGAUAUCGAUCGCCAACGACAAGAGGACAUGCAGAUUAUAGCGAAUCGAUUUAAUAAACAAAAAGAUGCAUUUACUUUGGCUACAGCUCCUCCUCCACCGGCUCCCAUCCCAGCUCCCACUGUGGCGUCUGUAAGGAUCAGCCGUCCCAUGCCCCCACCACCUCCACCCCCUAUAGCUGGCCUAGUUCAUAAUACCAAUAAAAUCUGCAGUAUUACUAGUAGUAAACGGCGAUCACCUGGUGAUACCGUUAUUCACGAAAAUGAGGAAGACCAGGAGGAGGCGAAACGGGCACGCAAAUCCCAACCAGAUCGACUCUAUCCGGCUCUCUCAGACUUGGACUCCAGUGGAGACAAUUGUUGCGCAACAGUAACCGCUUCAGCCACGGACAAUGACAAUGACUCCAAUAGUGAGGAGCUUGACAGUUGCAUGGAUGAUGAAGAGUCCCAGACUGAGACUGAGGCGGAGGAUAGCAGUGCUGGAAUGUGCAAUGGCAGUUUGGGCCGCGAAAUAUUAAAUGCCGUGCAACGCAACGAGGUGGAGCAGCAGCAGCAAUCUACCAAGAAAAAGACUGUGCACUAUGCCGAUCGUGACUAUUACUAUCAUCAUGAGGAAGACAGUUCGUUGAACUCUUCACAAGUAUCGGGAGGCAUUGAUGACUACCUGGAUGAGGCACUAGACGAUGAUGAUGAGACAACUGAUGAUAAUGCUGAUCAUAAUGCCAGUGGCUUGUCCCUGAACAGCAAGGGCACAACGGCCUCGAAUAGCUUCUCUUAUCGCAAAACUCCAGCUGCAGUUGCCAUGAAUGUCGAUGAAGAACCACUCCAUUUGGCUGAUACCAUGUAUCAGACACCAUCAAUGGUAGUUACUGACAAUGGAAAUCACCCGGUGCCUGUUAAAUCUGAAUUGAGCGUUAAUCAGGAUAACGAUAAUAAUCUGGUUACCCUUGUCCAUACAGUUAGCUUCUAUCGGCGACAACAGAGCGCAAAUAGCACCAAUUCCACUCCAAUGCGUAAGAUUUGUCGCGAAGAGCAAGUAGCUCGUUCGGCUUUGGCUGGAGACUGUCAUGCUAAGCAUAAACUGGAAUAUGAUUCACCAUUGCCAGCUGGUGCCACUGAAGUGCGUAGCGAGGACGACGAAGAUGAAACAGAUUCUGAAGUGCAGUCAAAUGACGCUGCUCAGGCACAGGACAAAAUCAAGAAACUUCUGAGCGAGGUGUGCAAGCAACAACAAGUGAUUGGUCAGGCCAGUCAGGCUUUGAAUCUAUGCGCCGCUACAGUCGAAUUCUCCGGUUCCACCGAAUCUGUAGAGGGCGAACGUUAUCUGCUGCUUGCCACUCAUCGUCGUCAGGCUUGUUUAGAUGAAGUGCAGCGAUUACGUGUAGAGAAUAGCCUUAGGCCAGUGGGUGCGCCAAAGGAAAAGGGCUUAUUGACAGUCAAAGACAUUACCAUUCCUCUACGACAGGAAUAUGUGCGCAAAAUGGCCACAGGAAAUAUCAAUGGCCAUCAUUUGGUGUGCCUACUUAAGUAUAAUGAGCAUGUGCUGGCCACCAAGACGGUACCAACAAUGCCCGGUUUGUUAUCCGUGAAGUUUCCAGAUGUCCUUCAACUAAACAAUGUCUAUGCUGAUUUUAGGAUCACCUUAGAGAUCUAUGGCAUGCUGGCACAACGUGAUCAACUGCCCCAUGAGUUGAAAUAUCACAUUAAUCUAAACAAAAAGAGUGGCAGUGGCGUAUUAAAGACACCAAAGAAAAAGUCUGGCGAGAAUCGUCUUGUGAUGCCGCCCGUUCAAAGUCCGGCUGGGCCGCAUGUAGUUCGUACUCCGCAGCUUGUACAAUAUGGAUUCGCUAUCUUCUCAUUGCGUGAAAUUCAACGAACCAGCUGGACACUGACCCAAGUGCUGGGUGUCAGUCCCCUGGAAGGUGUGGUACAUAUGAAAGUCAACUGCGAGUUGUCGGUAUGUGUAGAAUACAAGGGUUUCCUCACCAUGUUUGAGGAUAUUUCUGGUUUCGGGGCGUGGCAUCGUCGCUGGUGUUAUUUGAACGGAUCCGUUAUUAACUAUUGGAAAUAUCCUGAUGAUGAGAAGAAGAAGGCACCCAUGGGCAGUAUCGAUUUGAAUACGUGCAUUUCGCAAAAGAUCACCACAGCGCCACGAGAUAUUUGUGCACGUCUCAAUACCAUGCUGUUGGAGUGUGAACGUCCGGCCAAGGAUACGGAUCAGGAAUCAUUAAUUAUUGUGCCCAAUGGUCGAAUGACCACAGUGCGUCAUCUAUUAUCUGCUGACACAAGAGAAGAGCGCGAAGAGUGGUCUGCUUAUUUCAAUAAGGCGCUGACAUUAUUGCGCGCCUGGGGAACUAAUUCCACACACUGACGUGGACAUAACCAUCAGUCGGGCAAUUGCAUCUUUGACGGGGUUUCCCCACAUUCCCCGGUACUACUUUUUUUUUUAAGUUUUUAUGAUUUUUAAAAUUUUUUUGUUUUUUAAACGCAAAUUUAUCUGUAUUAACUUGAUACUUCUUCUUUAUGUCUGUGUUUUUUAAGUUGUAUGUAUAUGUUUCCCAUAUCGGCAAAGUAUUUUGAAAUACGUAAAAUUCUUUAAAAAAAAUAUA